AUGAACAUACCCACCCUCAACCCCCAACACACGCACCUCGUCGCUCUAACCCAACUCCUCCACCUCACGCACCACCGCAACAAAAACCAACAUCGCCUCUCAAAAUGGUACAUAUCAUUUGGAAUUCUGCGUCGACAAGUUGCGCGUCUCUUAUCCGUCGUUCCUGAAUUUGUGAUUGCUUCGCAAUCACGUGGGAAAGUGAAGGGGAAAGCUAGAGAGAAACGGGACCGGGAAGAGAGGGUAGUGCAGGAUUUGGUUAGGUUGAUUGGGGAGAGGGUGGUGCCAGGCUGUUAUUUGGCGUUUAGUCAACUGGUGGCGGAUAAUCAGUAUGCUACUUUGGGAUUGAUGUUGAUGGGAUGUUUGGCGCGGUUGUAUAAAAUACUCGGGCCUUUGAGAGUGUUGACAGCAGAGGAAAUUGCAGAGAAAGUUGGAGCAGUAAAAGAGAGAACGAAAGUAAAUGAGCCAGAGAUCGGAGAGGAUCUGGGCGAGAAGAUCGUGAGAGAUGCUCCAACCUCAAUAGUGACUGAAGAUAAUCAAAAGGGGCAAAAGAAAGAGGAAGAUGACAAGGGGCUUAAAGACUCAAAGCCAAAGAAGAGGAAACAGGAAGCUGAAGAAUUGGAGCGAAAGACUUCCAAGUUGCCUUUAUCGGACUCGACGCUAGCGAAACCACCAAAGAAAAAGAAGAAAAAGAAGGGCGGAGAUGCAUUUGAUGAUUUGUUCGAUACAAUCGUGCAAGCGAGCCCAGCAUUUGUCACCGGUGAGCACUUUGAGAUUUCAGUGCGAGAUAUUUUUGUACCACGUUUCAAUAGCGGCAGUGGUUCGGAUACGCCAUAG